CUUACUUAACCAACAGGACAUGACAGAAGAAUUUGAAACCGUCGGAAUUCGCACCGGACCAUGGUGGAGUUUCCCCAACGGCAUGUUCUCCGGCUUGUCUCAGCCACAUUCUACUGAAAUAUCCAUCGAUAUUGGCGGAUUUGAAUGGCAAAACAUUGAUAAUAUCGAUGCCGAAACCUAUGACAAGAGCUAUACUUCUACGUUAUCAAGCAAUACAAAUCUUGAUUCCACCUCACAAGUCAAUGCUUGGAACCAAUAUAACCAUCGUGAAGAAGAAAGAUUCGAUCCGAUAAGUAGUUUCUUAGAAGGAUUGUUUGAUAAUAGUGAACUAUCGGUUCCUAGUGUGAAACGAGAACUACUCGAAAGCUUUCACUUCUUCGAAGACGUUUUCUUGAACGAAUCAAGAACCGUAUCAGUCUUUGAUCACGAGAUUGGAGACAAACAUGAGGAAGAAAAUCAAGCCUGGAAGAGUCUAAUUACUUGCAAAAGAACCAGUGAAAAAACUAAAGACCUCGAAGAUAUUGAGUCAUUACCGCCAUUAAAAAGGCCUAGACUCGAGACACCAACACAAUUUCCGAGCUUCAAAGUUCGUAAAGAGAAACUCGGAGAUCGAAUCACCGCGCUUCAGCAGUUAGUUUCACCCUUUGGCAAGACAGACACUGCUUCUGUCCUCCAUGAUGCUAUAGAGUACAUCAAGUUUCUUCGAGAACAAAUCACUGUCUCGAGUAAUCCACAACUGAACUCUAAAGGAUCUGGUGAACAGAAGCAGGUACUUAAGUCAUACAAUGGUACUCAUGCUGAAGACUCUAGUCCACGACAAGAUCUUCGAAGCCGUGGUCUUUGUCUGAUGCCGAUUUCAAGUACUUUCUCCACCUCUCCGCUGCAUUUUGGACUCAUCUAAGUUCUGAAAUUAAACUC